AUGCCAACUUUAUGGAGAACCAACGAAUCCGGCUUGACAGCCGAAGUCGAAUUUCCACCUCCCUCCAACACGGAUAGACAACAAGCGUUUGGUAACGGACGAAAGUAUCUUAUACUAUUCAUCGUCAGCUGGAACUGUCUGAUUGUGACGUUCUCAAGUACAUCGCUACUUGUAGCCACUCCCGAAAUUGCCUCUGACCUCAAAACCACCACAGAAAUCAUCAAUGCCACAAAUGCUGGUGUUCUGGUCGCUAUGGGAUGCUCGUCGAUGAUAUGGUCUCCUUUAGCUGAGUUAAUCGGUAGAAGGCACAGCUAUAAUGCCUCCCUUCUCUUCAUGCUGGCCACGUCUAUUGGGACUGCUGUGGCAACAAACUUGCCAGGCUUCACGGCGCUCAGAGUCCUUUCAGGCCUUACGGGCACAUACUUUAUGGUGGCUGGCCAGACUAUCAUUGCGGACAUCUAUGAGCCUUUGGUUCGCGGUAGAGCUGUUGGCUUUAUGCAAGUUGGAAGUGUCGCAGGAUCUGCUAUAGGGCCGUGUAUCAGUGGUAUAAUCAUCACUUUUAGCCACUGGCGGAGCAUCUAUUGGUUGCAGUCUUCAAUGGCUGGCCUUGGUCUUAUACUCUCUUUCUACUUUAUCCCAAAUAUUGAGAGUGAGGUUGAGCAGCUUCAUGGCAAGCUAUCAGCAUCAGAACGUACUUUAUUGGGGGUCCUCAAACGAUUCAACCCCAGCAAGAUUUUAAAGCAAUUCCUCCGGCCACAAGUUUUUCUCGCAGACUUGACAUGCGGGUUCCUUGCAAUUUCACAGUACGGCCUGCUUACGUGUGUCAGACACGUAAUCACUCCCCGAUACCAUAUCGCGACACCUUUGAUCAGCGGUCUCUUCUACAUUGCGCCGGGAAUGGGCUUCGUAGUUGGGAGUGUCCUGGGUGGGCGUAUGUCGGAUCAUGCCGUUAAGCGAUACAUUGCGAAACGUAAGGGCAGUCGCCUACCCAAAGACAGGCUGAACAGCGGACUGGUCUAUUUACUUGCCGUAUUACCCAUUUCCUUACUUAUCUAUGGAUGGAGUUUGGAAAAGAAAUUUGGAGGCUUAGCGUUACCAAUCGUUAUGGCUUUCUGGAUUGGGGUUGGCCUGAUGGGGGCUUGGAAUGGACUUAAUACAUAUACUGCUGAAGUAUUUCCUGCUGAACGCUCUGAGGUGGUCUGCAGCAAGUAUGUGUUACAGUAUGCUUUUGGUGCGACUAUAUCGGCCACCAUCGUUCCUCUGCUCGAUGCGACAGGAGUCGGUUGGACAUUCACUAUUUGCACGUUUCUUAAGAUCUUUGGUGGAAUAAUAGUUAUUUUCCUUGCAAGAAUUGUCCCAAAUACGGGGGUCUGGGAGCAUAAAAGCUAA